GGGAACUAUAAAAAGCGGCAGCAAUUCAGACAGAAUUCAUCAGUACGACUUCGUUUGACGAACAAGUUCAUCUACUAGAACCCAUUUCAACAUGCAUUGCAGCAACAAGGUUUGGAUCAUUUUGGCCGUGGCCAUGGCAAUUUUCGGAGCCUCGGAUGCCGGUCAUCUCAGAACUGGAGGGUACGGCGGAGGGUUCGGCGGAGGGUUCGGCGGAGGGUUCGGCGGAGGGUACGGUGGUGGACACGGAUCCGGUGGGUUCGGUGGUGGACACGGAUCCGGUGGGUUCGGCGGAGGAUACGGUGGGGGACAUGUAUCCUCAUUCUCAGGACGCGGAGCUGGAUACGGAAGCUUUGGCGGAGGAGCUGGACAUGGAAGCUUUGGUGGAGGGCACGGAGGUGGAUACGCCAGACCGGUAUCUGUUGUUGUUGUCGGCGGAGGUCAUGGUUCCGGAUACGGAAGUGGAGGAGGCCGUGGUUCCGGAUACGGAGGUGGAAGCCACGGACACAGAUGCCCACAUUGUUGAACCCUGAAAGUAAUUUAUUUAAAAAAUCGCUGAAUAUUUAAAACAACCGUCGCUGGCAGACUGGAUAAAAAUAAACAAAUUAUCAUAUUGAA